CUGACUAAUUACUAUGGGAUCGGUUUGGAUGCCGAGCCGGAUCCGAGAGUGACGGAGUUGACGGAUGAGCAAGUGUUGAAAGAAGGCGUAGCUUUGCAUUUGAAGCCGCAUCUCGCCAAGUGUACCACAGUGGUGAUCCCAGAGUAUACUCCUGUGGACAUCAGGACCAAGUUGAUUGUUGCCUUUGUGCACUUGGAGGCCUACGCACUCGCUGAUAUUGUUGUUCAGCCAUUAAUCACAGGAGGUCCUCAGGAUGUUGAUGACUUGUAUGUAGACAUUUACGAAGCUUACAUGGCGAAGAAAAUGUACAAGAACGCCCUGGUAUUUUUAGAAAAAUUGGCGGCAGAUCACAGAUAUUGUACUACAAAAGUGCUGCUGAGUUAUGCGGAAUGUUUGCUACAAUGCGGGGACAUGAGGGGAGCGGAAACUGCUUACAAACGGGUGCUGGAGCAACUUCCGGAUCACGUUGACGCGAGAUUGUCGCUGUCGAGAAUAUUGAAUGAGCUCGGAGAGACAGGGGAAGCCUUGGAUUUCAUCACGCAA